UGUUGGACGUGGCCAGUACAGGGGCCGGCACCAGGGGGUUAUCGAAGCAGCUGUCACUAUGCUGGGGUCCCUGGUGUUGAGGAGAACAGCGCCGGCGCCGCGGCUGUUCCUCCAGCUGUUUAGGUCCCCAUCUCUCCGGAGCCGUGGGAGUGCCACCGACCGGAGUGUGAGCACCGGGGGACGCGGGGAGCCUCAGUGGCUGAGGGCAGCCAUCGGGGGGCGCCCUGGAACAUCGCCGACCUUACUCACAAGAGAAGGGGCAGCCACUGGGGGGCGCCAGAGAGGAGGUACCGAGAUCCCCUGCCUCGCAGCCGCCACGUGGGGACACCUUCCUAGCCCCGAAGACACUCUGCCUGGACAGGACAGCUGGAACGGGGCCCUCAACAGGGCCGGAAUGGGCGUGUGGGCGCUGGCGACGGUGCUGGUGGUACACUGUUACAGCAAGAGCCCGUCCAACAAGGAUGCAGCCCUGGUGGAAGCUGUUCGAGCCAACAAUGUCCAAGAAGUCAACAGGCUGUUGUCGGAAGGUGCUGAUGUCAAUGCAAGGCACAGACUUGGCUGGACAGCACUCAUGGUGGCAGCCAUCAACCGAAACGACAGUGUGGUGCAGGUCCUGCUUGCAGCUGGUGCUGACCCAAACCUCGGGGAUGAUUUCAGCAGUGUUUACAAGACCGCCAAGGAGCAGGGAAUCCAUUCUUUAGAAGUCCUGGUCACCCGAGAGGAUGACUUCAACAACCGGCUGAACAACCGUGCCAGCUUCAAGGGCUGCACAGCCCUGCACUAUGCUGUCCUUGCCGACGACUACCGCACCGUCAGGGAGCUGCUUGGUGGAGGAGCUAACCCCCUGCAGAGGAAUGAAAUGGGACACACACCCUUGGAUUAUGCUCGAGAAGGGGAGGUGAUGAAGCUUUUAAGGACUUCUGAGGCCAAGUACCGAGAGAAGCAGCAGAAACGUGAGGCCGAGGAACGGCGCCGCUUUCCCCUGGAGCAGCGGCUGAAGGAGCACAUCAUUGGCCAGGAGAGUGCCAUCGCCACAGUAGGUGCUGCGAUCCGGAGGAAGGAGAAUGGCUGGUACGACGAAGAACAUCCUCUUGUCUUCCUCUUCCUGGGAUCAUCUGGAAUAGGAAAAACAGAACUGGCCAAGCAGACAGCCAAAUAUAUGCACAAAGAUGCCAAAAAGGGUUUCAUCAGGCUUGACAUGUCUGAGUUCCAGGAGCGGCAUGAGGUGGCCAAAUUUAUUGGGUCCCCACCAGGCUACAUCGGCCAUGAGGAGGGUGGCCAGCUGACCAAGAAGCUGAAGCAGUGCCCCAACGCUGUGGUGCUCUUCGAUGAGGUGGACAAAGCCCAUCCAGAUGUGCUCACCAUCAUGCUGCAGCUGUUUGAUGAGGGCCGGCUGACAGAUGGAAAAGGGAAGACCAUCGACUGCAAGGACGCCAUCUUCAUCAUGACCUCCAACGUGGGCAGUGACGAGAUAGCACAGCACGCACUGCAGCUGAGGCAGGAAGCUUUGGAGAUGAGCCAUAACCGGAUCGCCGAGAACCUUGGGGAUGUCCAGACUAGUGACAAGAUCACCAUCUCUAAGAACUUCAAGGAAAAUGUGAUUCGCCCCAUCCUAAAAGCUCACUUCAGGAGAGAUGAGUUUCUGGGACGAAUCAAUGAGAUCGUCUACUUCCUCCCCUUCUGCCACUCGGAGCUCAUCCAACUCGUCAACAAGGAGCUGAAUUUCUGGGCCAAGAGAGCCAAGCAAAGGCACAACAUCACACUGCUCUGGGACCGUGAGGUGGCAGACGUGUUGGUUGACGGCUACAACGUGCACUAUGGCGCCCGCUCCAUUAAGCAUGAGGUGGAGCGCCGUGUGGUAAACCAGCUGGCAGCCGCCUACGAGCAGGACCUGCUGCCAGGGGGCUGCACUCUGCGCAUCACUGUGGAGGACUCAGACAAGCAGCUACUCAAGAGUCCUGAACUGCCCUCACCCCAGGCUGAGAAGCGUCCACCCAAGCUGCGGCUGGAGAUCAUCGAUAAGGACAGCAAGACCCACAGAUUGGACAUCCAGGCACCACUAAACCCUGAGAAGGUGUGCCACACCCUCUAGUGUCUACCUACCUGCCUAUACGUGCCCUGAACACCUAAUAAAGCCCCCUUGGCUGUGGCAUGGUAACGACCUACCUUCUCCUCCUGCCUCUCACUCCUCU